UGACAACGUAAGUGAAAAGUCUCUUUUCUUAGCCGCCUUUCUUUCGGAACUUUCGUUUCUCGACACUUUGCCACGCGUUUACGCCACGCGAGAUCUCUGUAUAUUCCAGAUCUCUCAAUUUCCGGACUCCGCAAUUAUUAUCACUUCUCUAUAUUUUAUUGCAUCUUAUCCGGCUUCAGUUUCCGGGGCGAUUGAUUUUGACAGCCGUUUCUGAUUCGUUUGUGGGGUGGGUGUUAGCUUGUCGGCCGAGAGUUUUCAUCCGAAGUAAUUAAGGUUUUUCGAGGAGUUUAAGGGUCGAUAGUUGACUUGAUGGGCGGCAAGAGUUCCAAGGACGAUAGUUGGAGGCGUACUUCUAGGUCAGCUUCAUCAUCAUCCUGGAAUUAUGAGUAUCCUCCCCAAUCAGCCUAUCCAACUCAAUCGCCGGAGACCUACGAUUACCCAGUUCAGCACGCGUAUCCUUCUUACGCGCCUCCUCCUCCCGCGCAGCCGUAUCACGCGCCUCCUCAAGAUCCUAGGACUCCUAACCGCGCGCCGCCUCAGAGGAGGCUUGACCGGAGAUACUCUAGGAUUGCGGACAAUUACCAUUCAUUGGAAGAGGUAACAGAAGCUCUUGCACGUGCCGGACUGGAGUCUUCCAAUCUAAUUGUUGGUAUUGACUUCACAAAGAGCAAUGAAUGGACUGGUAAGAGGGCGUUUGGUGGGCGAAGCUUGCAUGACACCGGGCAUGGUCUUAAUCCCUAUGAGCAAGCAAUUUCCAUCAUUGGGAAAACUUUGGCUGCCUUUGAUGAAGAUAACUUAAUCCCAUGUUUUGGGUUUGGAGAUGCAUCAACUCACGACCAAGACGUGUUCAGUUUUUAUCCGGAUGACAGAUUUUGCAACGGUUUUGAGGAAGUCUUAUCUCGGUACAGGGAAAUUAUCCCCCAACUAAGACUUGCAGGACCAACAUCUUUUGCACCGGUCAUCGAAAUGGCUAUGACUAUUGUUGAGCAGAGUGGGGGACAGUACCAUGUAUUAGUGAUCAUUGCUGAUGGGCAGGUUACUCGUAGCGUUGAUACUGGGCGUGGUCAGUUGAGUCCUCAAGAACAAAAAACAGUUGAUGCAAUUGUAGAAGCAAGCAAGUUUCCACUGUCUAUUAUUUUGGUCGGGGUUGGAGAUGGGCCGUGGGACAUGAUGAAGGAAUUUGACGAUAAUAUCCCCUUGAGGGAAUUUGAUAAUUUUCAGUUUGUCAAUUUUACCGAGAUCAUGGCAAAACCUGUCUCUCAAUCUCGGAAAGAAACAGAAUUUGCUCUCUCUUCAUUGAUGGAAAUUCCUUCACAAUAUAAAGCUACGAUAGAGCUUGGUCUGUUAGGGGGUAAUAAAGGUAAAUCCCCCAAUAGGGUUCCCCUCCCCCCUCCAAUGUAUGGUGCAGCUUCAUCUGGCGGUUCAAAGCCUGCAAGAGCAACAAGUUUCCAGCACACUUCAAGUUCGUACUAUGACUACAAGGAACCGGCCGGCACACCAUCUGCCUUUGAGCAGAGAACAACAAGCUCUUACUAUGAUCCUGUAGGUGGUGGGCAUUUUGACCACGGUCCUUCUGCACCUGUCACGAGUUAUGAUAAUUUGGUUUGUCCAAUUUGCCUCACUAAUCGGAAGGACAUGGCCUUUGGUUGUGGACAUCAGACGUGUUGUGAAUGUGGGAAAGAGCUGGAAACAUGCCCGAUUUGUCGCAGCUCAAUCCAAACUAGGAUAAAGCUGUAUUGAGUGUGAUGUAAAUCCAACCCUUCAUUCGUUCCUUCUUGUAAAAAAGUAUCCCAAGCAUUUGCAGUCUUGGUUUAUGCGUAUUCUGUACAUUUAUUGAUUGACCUUUAUUAGCUUAAUGAUUUGUUUUCUCAAUGAUUGAGAGAGGAGGGUUGUUGUUUUCAUGAGUUGUCUAUGGAAUUUGACACGCCCAUUAGGGGCAGUCUCUCUCUUCCUAUGAGUGAGUACAGAAUGUAUUAAUCCGACACUUCGUCAACAACAAAUUCAGAGAAGAAUGCGCGCAAAUUCAAGAAAACGAUUUACAAUAUGAUGAAUGACUCAGUCAAGCAAGCUCUGUGACGGCGUGACCCGAUAUAGAGCCACUUUUGUAAGCAGGGCACAUUGGUGAUCAACAAAUGACUGAAAUGAGUAUGCACUAUGCAGUGAACUAUGUUACAGACACUCAGUACACAUUUCUGAAACGUAAAGAAGGAAAGAGAACGAGAAAGUAAAGGCUCCUACUACGAAAAUUAUUGCCUCUUAACUAGGGGUGGACCGGUUCGGGCCGGUUCGGGCCUCGGGCCUGGGCCUGGCCGGGCCUCGGUUCAGAAUAUUGAGGCCCGAGCCCGAACCGGGGGUGGCCGGUUCCGGGCCGGUUCCGGGCCAGACCGGGCCGGUUCCGGGCUGGGCCACCCGCCCUAUUUUUUGUUUUUGUUUUUUGGCUUCUUUAUUUAAUCCCCUGCCCCUCUUUCUCAACCCCAAACCACCCCAAACCACCUCAAAUGGACCAAAAUACCUAAUCUAACCCAAAACAUAAAAAAUUUUCAAAAAAAAAUAAAAUAAAAAUUAUUUCCGGCCCGGACCGGGCCCGAACCGGCCGGGCCGGUUCACCAUAUGGAAGGCCCGGGCCCGGAACCGGGAACCACCGGGCCGGUUCGACCCGAACCGCCGGUGGACCGGGCCACCGGGCCGGGCCGGUUGCUACAGUGGCCGGGCCGGGCCGGUUCCGGGUCGGGCCGCCCGGCCCGAGUCCAGGCCUACUCUUAACUGUUAACACCAGUCCUACUAGAUUUUUUUCUACGGAGCAUCAGCCAGUAGAUUAUUUUAAUUAAUCGUUUGCCAAUUGAUUUACAAUGAAAUCAAACGGAGGUUAGCAAUAACUGUUCGAUCAGACAUAGAAAAAGCCUCUUUUGCCAAAGCAUGAACGGCUUGAUUCGUUGAUGUAUAUGUGCUACACCAUUGAAGAAUUAUGUCAGGUUUUCUAUUCUAUCCAUUUUCAGUCUCAGCAAGCUAUGGGAUAUAACAAGGAAAAAGAGCUUGAUAUCUUCAAAUGCAAUCCCUACUUGGGAUACAUACAUCCCUCCACCGAUCCCAGAUAUGAUAAUGGUUGCAUCUGCUUCGAUGAUCACGUUAUGCAAAAUUGCAAAUUGUUCUCUUUAGCUCACAAAUGACAAAAUUAAUAGAAUAAUUAAUACUCCCAUGCUUUUCCGUUUCAAUGCGCUGAGUCCCGCAUUACAACAAUGUGGGGUUUCUGUCAAUGCACUCUGGAACAACAUGCAAAACGAUUGAUAUAGUACUUGGAACUUGGGCCGAUUUCCAACUUCAUAAAGUCGAAGUUGCAAUCCUUCUACCCCUUGCUUAUGUGAAGUUUUCUCCCUCAACAUUAUACUAUUCCCCAUCUUCCAUAUGCUCUAGAGUAGCAUAACAAAUUGACACAUAUCCUCUUCCGCUAGCAUGCUCAAAA